CGCAGUUACUGUCAAGCAUCGUUGAUCCAUUCGCUGCGGCCUCGAUGCAGACGAACCUUGCACGCUCUAUCGGGCCCUUGUAUCUUGUUUGAAGCCGGACUUGCUUCAAGGUACUUUCGUUGCAACGCGAUACCUUCAGCCCUUCACUACAUACUACCCGCAGCUCCUGGACCGAGCAAUAGGUCCUCAUCUUUGCAGUCAUGACAGCAGGUCUCAAGACCAUUAUCGGUCUUUCUUUUAUCCUCGCAAUCGGGUUCCUUCUUGUCAUCCUUUCCUCGGCCAUCUGGCACAACUUCCUUCCGUUGACUGUCGUUGCGACUUAUGUUGUUGCGCCUCUACCCAAUUGGAUCUGCGCUCGAUGUGCGAACCCAGACGACUUUAUCGACAACUCGGGCAACUCGGUGGCUGAUUUCGGGCGGUUCUUGACUGGAUUUUUGGUGCUGAUGGGUAUUGCUCUGCCCGCAGUACUGGCGCACAGCGGCGCGAUCGAGAUCCCUGCGAUGGUUAUGUCGAUUAUCGGCGGUCUGCUCAUUUACGGGACGAUAAUCAGCUUCUCGAUGUUUUUCCAGGAACAAGAAGAGUUCUGAAUGUGAUGCAAAUGCGUGAUGGAUUGGCCGCGUGGAUACCCUGUGCCAGGAGAUGUUUUUGCUCUCUUUCUUCGCUGAGAUACUCUGCCUCUUGCUACUAUAUUGAAGGAGUAUGACUAUUUGCGUUACGUUUCUGUUUUGGGUACGAUGGGACUGCUUCUGUUCAGUUGCUUUGUUGAUUUAAGCGUUUAUCUGAUAUUCUGGCGUGUACUAUAAGCACGAAUGAUGAGUGCUUGAAAGGUCUACAGGAACCUAACCUCUGAUCUGAAUU